UUGAAAUAACAAAAAAAAAAAAAAGCUAGGUGUUGGCAAACAACGGCACACAUCUGUUGAUACAGCAAAUACAGUAACGCGUCAAAAUUAACUUGAGUUAGUUUGAUGACAGUACUUGAGAGGCUUGCUUGAGUUUUGGGACAGGUCUGUGGCAGCAGAAAAAAAGCGGAAAGUGUAUGUUAGAAAGUGUAAAUAAGCUAGCAACAGUCGUUGUUUACAAAAGGUUCGACGGGAGUAGUUGGCUAAAGCUAGCUUAGUUUGAACGGAACCAAAGCGAAACACAUUCUGCGUCCUUAACGUUACAUAGUUGUGUUAUCAAGACGCAUGAGCUGGAGACGACGAUGGAAGUGGCUGCUAAAGGGACGGUCAAAAGGAGACACCUGAACGCAGCGGAGUGUGAUGCGCUCAGACAAACUGCAGAGGGAACUGAUGCCCUCACCCAUCCCCAAACCGUCAACAGUGGGCUGGGAAACCGCAGCCCCAACCGCGGGCUCUACCCCAGGACACCCACCAAGCGCCGGAAGUAUGCAUCUGCCUCAGGAAGUCCCUCUGGGCAACAGAAGAGCAUCAACAGCUUCUUCUCUGUAAAAGGAGUCAUCAGAUCCAGUCCGCACAAAUCCCCCCAGCCCUGCUCGUCCACACACACAAAUGGACUCAGAGGAGAACUUUUUCCCAAAGAGGAGCCAGAGGUUGUGAAAGAGGAGGAUGAGGAGGAUGAUGAUGUCAGCCUUUUAUCAUUUGCGAUGCCGGCAGAGCCUGAUGUGGAAGAGGAUGAGGUUGACGAUGUAAGCCUGUUAGCUGCCGAUAUCCAGCCAGAACCUGAGACAAAGCGGGAGGAGGCACCGCUUGAUCAUCUGGAGGGAAUGACGGCAGAGAUGUUUUGGGGCGAUGGCGACUUUGACAGUGACUUUCACAAAGAGAAUGAGGAGGUGGAGGCCCUUCCUGAUGCCCACUAUGGGCUCCUGGGUAGUAACAAGGUCCUGCAGGAGCCCCAGGGCUGCAUAGAUGACCUACCAGAGGAGGUGCUGAGACAAGUGCUGUGCCAGGUCCCUGCCCAAGACCUCUACCGCAGUGUCAGCUUAGUCUGCCAUCGCUGGAGGAACAUUGUCCAAGACCCCAAGUUUGUCCCAUUCAAGAAACAAUACUACCGCUACAUGAUGAUGGAGACGACUGCAGUGCUGGAGAUCUACCGCGCCCUGAAAAAGAGUCGCAUAGAAGAUCCAGAGUUAACAACGCUCAGCAUACGACACCUCAUUGUUUUAAUGGCCCAGCAUAAGUUGGGAGAGCGGGUUAGGCCGGAGGACAUACUGGAGUGUGUUAAGAAACAUCGCCUUUUUCCUCAGGCUGAGGCCUCGAUAAGAUUACGUAUUCCUGACAUUAAGAAGUCCUUUAACCUUGGCUUGGAGGGUCCCAACCCGUUUGCAGCCAUGGCCGCCAUACUGAUCCUCAGUGAGAGUGUUGGAGACGUGCAGGCCUUGGUGUCUCUGCUCACCGGCUGCAUGUCAGACACUGCCAUCUCAGAGUACCUUAGUCAUAUGGCCACGAUGCUGCUUGCCUUAGAGAGGAACGGCAUCACGAUCAGUGACAGGUUGCAUUACAACAUUUACUACGUACUCCACCUGAUGGAGAACGGCCCCUUUACCAUCACUUCCUGUCAGAGCGGGCAGCCUCAGAUUCACCUCACAUCCGAACAGCAGCAGAUCCUCAGUCAUGACAUCCAGCCAGAUCACGUGGUUAAGAUCGUGGCUUUCGCAGGUACAGGAAAGACCACCACGUUGGUGAAGUAUGCCGAGCAGCGGCCACACCUCCGCUUCCUGUAUGUGGCCUUCAACAAGUCGGUGGCCAGCGAGGCGCAGCGCCGCUUCCCCAGCAAUGUGGCCUGCAAAACUGUCCACUCACUGGCCUUCAACGAGGUUGGGAAGAGUUACCAUAUACGUAAGAAGCUGACCUUCAACCUGAAGCCAUUCGCCAUCAACUCUGUUCUGCCUGAAGGCCGCGGCGGCUUUGUCAAAGCCAAAGUGGUGACCACAACGCUCAACACCUUCAUGUCCUCUGCUGAUGACUCAGUAAUGACCAGACACGUCCCCAGUUAUCGGGUUACGAGAAAGGGAAACAGGGCCUUGACGGUGGAUGAGCGCGAAAAGCCUCUUUUUGUCAGCGAUGCAGAAAACAUCUGGGAAAAGAUGAAGAACCUGAAUGAGAGGGACCAGGAGGCGUAUUACAUGACCCAUGAUGGUUAUUUAAAGCUGUGGCAGCUCCAAACACCAAAGCCCCAGUUGUCUGACAAGUACGAUGUACUCUUCAUUGAUGAGGCCCAGGACUGCACUCCAGCCAUCAUGGAUGUGCUUAUGUCUCAGCGCUGUGGGAAAAUCUUGGUUGGAGAUCCUCAUCAGCAGAUCUACACCUUCAAAGGAGCGGUCAAUGCCCUGAACCUAGUGGACCACACACACAUCUUCUACCUGACACAGAGCUUCAGGUUCGGUGCUGAGAUCGCCUAUGUGGGUGCCACCAUCCUCAAAGUGUGUAAGAGCGUGAAGAAGAUUUUAGUGGGAGGAAAGCAAAAAGGCGGCAUGUCUGGCGAGACUGUGGACAGUGUCGAAGCAGCUAUGAGGACGGGUAUCAGUCAUUGUCGGGGGAAGAUGGCAAUCUUGUCGAGAUGCAAUCUCAGUGUGUUCAGCGAAGCCGUCCGGCUUACCGACACCAACCCGCGCUGCAAAAUUCACUUCGUAGGAGGUGUCAGUGGUAUCGGUCUGAAUAGGAUCCUGGAUGUCUGGCAGCUGAUGCAGUCAGGGGACGUAUCCAAAGGCCAGCAACGGAAAUACAUCAGGGAUCCUCUUAUUCGCUCCUUCGCUAAUAGAAGUAAGACGAAUCCCUUCUUUGCCCUGAAAAGCUACGCCGAGCAGACUGAGGACAUGGAGCUGGUGGCCAAACUCAGCAUCGUUGAAAAAUACGGAAGUCGCAUCCCCGAACUAGUGAAGCGCUUGGAAAGUUGCUUUGAACAUGACUUUAAUCAAGCAGACUUCAUUGUGGGAACCGUCCACAAGGCUAAAGGUCUGGAGUUCGACACUGUGAUGGUCUCUGAUGACUUUGCCAAGGUUCCCUCUUCGAGACACCGAGUGAGCUUCAAUGACAACUUCUCAUUCUCUGACGUCCCUGACGAUGAGUGGAACCUGCUGUAUGUUGCGGUCACCCGUGCCAAGACCACGCUGAUAAUCACUAAGACCAUCCGUCACAUCCUCACAAUGGCCGGGGAGUACUUCCUGAAGUCGGUGAUGCCCAACACCUUGCAGAGUGCGGGCGAGCCAAUCCCGUGCACCGUCACAGACUGUCCCAACUGCAUCACACCCGGCUCAGCCUUCGUCAUGUGCAAACAACACAUGAAAUAUACUGACGGCGAGUCUGAAGGCGGCCCGUUGUGUGAGAGAUGUGUGUGGACUCGCAUCGGGCCAACUGCCUUCCUCAUGACUGACGACGUGCUCUCGAUGGCUGAAAUCCCACAGAGACUCGGCCCAGUGGGCCAUCACAUGAUGUUCCUGGCACUUUUUUAAUGCUGUUCGACUUCAAGGACCUAAAGUAGAAAAAUCUCUUGUUGUAUGGAUGUUUUGGAAAAAGAUUUUGAGGUCCUAUUUUCAAAUGCCAACCAGGACGAGGGAUGUCAGGUCUCAGACACAGACACUAAAACAGAAAUAAAACUAACAAGGUGUUUUUAAUGUUCUUUGUUCUUUGGACGCCACAUUUGUGAUGUGACUGUUUUGUAUAUUUGAUGAGAGAUAAAGAGCAUCAGACUUUGUAAUAUCUGAUGGACAUGUCCUGUAUGCACUAUAGGCUUCUUGCUUUCCUUCAUGGCGGCCAUCAGCAGAGGACUGAGGUGUAUCUGAAGAAGGAGUGUUAUUGUGUAAUAUGGAGAGUGUAAAAAGUUUUUGUACUAAAAGCAACAAAACCAUA